AUGGAUCUUGAGUCGCUUGGGGCGAAAGUGGCAGUCGUGGCCCCCCAGCUCGAGCGUCUCCUCAGGCCAUCUCGCAAGUUACAGGAGGCAGAGAAAGAUUACAAGGAGCGGCGCACCCUCCGCGGGCCUCAGUUCUUCCUGACGGCGCUGCGCUGCGCCCAACGGCCGCAUGGGGGUGCGGCGGCGGCGUGGGGCCCGCGCUUCGGGGCGACCGCAGCGCAGGGUUGGCGCGCGCGCAUGGAAGACACUUUACGCUUGCCUCGCGGUGCGGGAUCUUCUUCGCUGUUCUGGACAGUCGCUGUCCUGGGCGCAAGCUGUCCACAUCAGAUCAUGCAACCUCCUGGCCACGUGCUCGAGGCGCCGGGCCCUGCGCCGGGGCAGCCGGAGGACCUGCGCCGCGCGCUGCGCCGCGCUUGCCGGAGCGCCGACGCGCGCUUGCGUGUGCGCUGGCCUGCGGCAACACAGAGGACCCUGGAGCGCCAGGAGCACAAGCCCAUCCGAGACAAGGGUAGCACCAUCCGCAGCUGGUGUAUACAAGCCUCCCUGGCCGUGUCGUGGACAUUAGGUGACUUUGCCCUCAAGGAAGCUCCAGGAAGGCCCCAAUUGCAACUCGUGUCUGCGGAGCCUGAGGUGGCCGCCCUGGCCCACCAGGCCAAGGACGUGUUGACGCUUCCGGCCUCCGAUGGCGUGUGGGACAGGACGUCGGGCAUCGUCCUGGCAGGACUCCUGGAUUCGCACCUCCGCUUAGGCCUGGCCCCAGAGCUUCUCAGACUGCAGCUGUUGGACGCUUUCCUGUGCAAGGGCAUCCUAAACAAUAUGUCCUGCAUCCUGGUUAGCUUCCCAAACCUUGUGAAGAGAGCUCUGUGCUCUACCCAGGAGCCCCCCAGUCUGAACAUCAUCUUUAGGCCCCUGGCCUCGGAAGACAUCCCUGGUUUACCACCCCUGGGGAGUCUGGACUGCAAGGCUACUGUCAUCACUGAAGCUUAUUCUCAGCUCUGCCAGGCAGACAUAUUUGUAUGUGCUGGGGAAGAGGCGCCCAAGGACCCGCCCGGCCCCGGCCACGUUCCCCCCCAGGAAGCCGGACUCUAUGGGGCGGGACCCUGGGGGAGACUGAGCAGAACCAGCCCCGAACCCUUGAACCGCGAGCCAGGGGCGCCCCGGGAGCACGCACCCCGUGGGCGCACCGCCCGCCUGUGA